GCAAGUCUUCAAAGUCAUGCUUCUCUCUGCGGUUUGUGCCCUGUUCUUCCCUGGUGUCCUGGGCACAGAGUUUUUGAAGAAGAACGGAGAAUGUCCUGGGCCUGGAAAAAAUCCCGGUCAGCCUGUUCAAAGCUGUGACUACUACUGCAAGAAUGGUACAACUUAUUACCGUGCAUAUUAUGAGGUCGGAACCAAAUGCGAGUACGACGGUCAAGUCAGUAUGUGCCUGCCAACGGAUGAUGGCGGCGUUAGUUGUUACAGCCCCGACGACCCUAUAGUCCUGUCAUGGAAAGAGAAAGGAUCCCGAACUACUAAACCUCCAACAGAGAAGCCCGCUCAGAAACAAAAAAAGAAGAAACAACAGUCUAAGCGAAAUAACAGAACAAAGUCUUCGAAGAAAUCUAAAUCGAAAAAGAAAAAGGAGGAAAGUACUACUUUGUCUGUCUGUUAGGCAAUGCCAGUGUACAUGGACAUGAAAUAAACGU